AUGGGCAGUUGCUGUAGCAAAGAGGUUCCGCCUGAGCAUCUUGGACAUGUUCCGAUAACACCAAUGCAACUACCACCACAACCACCGGGCAGCACUUAUUAUGGAGGAGAUACUGAACCUUUGGCGUCCAUACCAGAACAGGAAUUGGCGAGUAGAAAUAGAACUCAGAUGGUCAUUGGAAUAGAUUUUGGAACGACAGAAAGCGGAUUUGCAUUUUGCCCUCGGCCUCUAAAUAGAGGACAAAUAAAUGUUGAUAAUAUUGAGACUAAUUCUGAAUGGCCUGGAUGGUACGGAAAAUUCAAGACUAAUACUGCAUUAGAGUACGACAAUAAUUGGAAUGUUACAAAUUGGGGUUACCCAGCAUUAUCACAAAAACCGACAAAAAGAGGUGCCAAUGAAGCAAUGGACAAAAAACCUGUGGAAUUGUUCAAGUUACAUUUAGGUGAUAUCCCAGUUGAUGAGAGACCUCUGUUGCCAACUGGAUUAAGCUAUCAGAAAGCAAUCACAGAUUAUCUUCAUGAGAUGGGAAAAAUGAUCAAAGAAAGAUUAGGAAGAAACUGGCCGCGUCUUGAUUUCUAUAAAGACGUAGAACUAGUAAUAACUGUACCCGCGGAAUUUAUUGAAAACACCAAAGCUACUAUGCGAAGAUGUGCUUUUGAGGCGGGAUUGAUAAAGGAUCAAGAUUCAAAAAAUUUAACCUUUACAACAGAACCGGAAGCAGCAGCGUUAUAUUGUUUGCAUUACGCUGAUAAUUAUCGAUUAAAAGAUUAUGAGCCGUACAUGAUUGUUGACUGUGGAGGUGGUACAGUAGAUUUGACAACGCGAACAUUGUUGCCAGGAAAAAAAAUUAGUGAAGUUACUGUGCGUACAGGUGAUUAUUGUGGGAGUACUUAUGUUGAUAAAGAAUUCUUAAAGUUCUUGUCGAAGAACAUUGGAAUGCAAACAGUUCUAAAUCUAAAAAAUAAUCAUUAUAAUCAACUACAAUAUCUGGUUCAAGAUUUCUUUGUGCGACAAAUCAAAAUAUUAUUUACGGGUGACCGAAAUGAUUAUAGACCAAAAACUUUAGACAUUGAGGAAUACUGUCCAGCAGCGUUGCAAUAUGUCAAUCCUCUAAUGCGACCAAAGCUAGAGGAAGAUCAAUGGCAAAUUGUUCUUGAUUUUGACGCAGUAAUAUCAAUGUUCGAGCCGGUUAUUAAUUUGAUUAACAACUUGAUUCAGAAACAGGUCGAGGCAACAGCACCAGCUAAAUGUCAAGCGAUUUUCUUGUGUGGAGGGUUUGGACAGUCUCCGUAUUUGUUAAAGUGUGUGAAAGAGAAAUUUGAAACUCCAUCAACUGUGGUUUGUGCCCCGCAUCAGGCUGUUACUGCUAUUGUUCGUGGCGCUGUUUUAGUAAGCAUUAACGAAAGUUCUAUAACAACACGAGUACUAAAAUGGACAUAUGGCAUAGAAUGUUACAGACAAUGGGACCACAGAAGAGAUACUAUCUCGCGUAAGAUGCAAAAUAAUACUGUUAGAGCAUUCGAUAAAUUAGCGACGUGCGGAGAGAACGUAGACGUCAAUAAAGAAUACAAAAAACAAUAUUCUACAAGUCAUCCUGAUCAGACGCGUGUCAACUUUCCUGUAUAUACUUCAAGCAACGAAAAUGAGUUAUAUUGUGAUAAUUUGAAUCGUUUGGGGGUAUUAGUAAUUGAUCCUGAAGGUCGAAAGCAAGAUAUAGAAUUUUCUUUAUUUUUUGGGCAGAUGGAAAUUAGAGCGAUGGCACGUGUUUUGCGAACAAAUCAUUUGUGUCAUACAACGCUUAAUUUCGAUCAUGAUUAA